AAAUAAUUUCUCCCCAAUUACUAGUUUGAUUUGGCCCCUUGUGACCACCCAAACCCUCACCUCCUCUCUCUCUCUCUUCUCUCUGCAAAAAAAAACAAGUAUUGUUUCAUAGCGCUUUGGUGAACCCUAAAUCUGUCUCUCAUUAAUCAAAUCCAACACAUUAUUCGCCCAAUUAACUUAAUCUCUAUUCCUUAAUCUUCUUCUUCUUCUUCGAUGGCUGAAAAUAGAAAGUUGGAUCUACCUGACGAUCUUCUUUCUUCCACCCGCAAAGAAUCAUCUGCAGGUAAUGAUGAUGACAAGUCAUUCUUGGUGUCUAUUGAAGAUUCAAAAGAUCAAGCAGUGGUGGAUAGUAACAUUCCUUUGUCUCCACAGUGGCUUUAUACUAAACCCAGCGAGACUAAGAUGGAAAUGCGUGCACCAAGUUCUCUCUCUCUUGGAAGUUCUGCUGAUACAAGUCAGAAGGACGCUCGGCGUUCAGAUGUGUCCGAUGACAAAAAGGAUUGGAGAAGACCCACAGCAGAGACAGAGAGUGCCCGUCGUUGGCGUGAAGAAGAGAGGGAAACUGGCUUGCUUGGUAGAAGAGAUCGUAGGAAAACAGAUCGCCGUGCUGAUAAUAAUGCUCCUACCAAAGAAACCACAGAUGCUAGAGCUUUACCUGCAUCUGACAGGUGGAACGACGUUAAUAACCGCAAUUCAGGGCAUGAUUCCAGGCGUGAUACCAAGUGGUCCUCUAGGUGGGGUCCUGAUGACAGAGAAAAGGAAGUGCGGAGUGAGAAAAGGAUAGGUGUAGACAAGGAUGAAGUUCACAAUGAGGUUCAAACAUUUGGUGCUAACCGUACUGUGUCCGAGCGGGAGUCAGAUACUCGAGAUAAGUGGAGACCCCGGCAUAGAUUGGAGGCUAGCUCUGCUGCUCCUGGUUCCUAUCGUGCUGCUCCAGGAUUUGGAGUGGAAAGAGGAAGAGUGGAGGGGUCAAAUGUGGGAUUUGCCAUAGGGCGUGGUAGAUCUAGUGUGGCUAUCUUAAGACCUCCUUCUGGGUCUGCAGUUUGUGCUGCACAAUUUGACAGUUCUGUCCCUGGGAAACCAAGCAUCUCAGCUCACGCAUUUUGUUAUCCGAGGGGGAAGAUUCUGGAUAUUUACCGCAAGCAAAAGCUGGACCAAUCUAUUUGUAGCUUGCCUGUAAAUAUGGAAGAAGUACCCCCUGUCACUCAACUAAGCGUCAUUGAACCAUUAGCUUUUGUUGUUCCUGAUUCUGAGGAGGAGGCUAUCCUCAAUGAUGUAUGGAAAGGUAAAAUUACUGGUAGUGGUGUAUCGUACAAUUCUUACAGAAAAGGCCGAUCAAUGGAUACUGUUACAGAAAUAGGGGAUGCAGAGGAGAUAGCUGAUAGGUUUCCAAAAACAUUAAAAGAUGUUGAAGAGGCUAAUGCUAAUAGCCUUUUAUGUGGAAAUGGUGUCAAUAUCACUUCGAGUGAAGGAGAUGGAAAUCAUGAAGUACAGAAAGACACAGUUUCUGAAGAUAUCGCUAUGGAUGAGAAUUUGUUGAUCAGGAAGACAGCUGACAAUAUAGGCAGAUUGAAAGAUAGUGGUAGAUCUCAACUUGAUCAUUCUGAAAUCAAGUUACCUGAUUCUGCAACAACUCGGCAACCUCUCUUUGAGAAAAUUGAACAGAAUGUUACUUUUGAUGUCAGUGCAAAGCUUCCUGAUAAUUCAGAUUCUGUAUACGUCAUACCCUCUGAUAUCAGCAGCUCGAGACACAGUGGUAUUGAAAAUCAAUCAGAGAGGGGUAUUCCACCUGAGGAAAUGAGUUUGUACUACUGUGAUCCUCAGGGAGAAAUUCAGGGACCAUUUCUUGGAGUUGACAUCAUAUCAUGGUUUGAACAAGGAUUUUUUGGAACUGACUUGUUGGUUCGCUUGGAAGGUGCUCCUGAGGAUUCCCCUUUUUACGAGUUGGGUGACGUAAUGCCGCAUCUAAAAUUUGGACAUAGAUAUUCCAGUAAUGCUGAUCUCUCUAAUGUAGAUCAACCUGAUGUAUUAGAGGGGAAGUUAGAGUCUGGUGUAUGCAGUUCUGCUGCUUUUGAGCUUGUUUCUUCAGCUCCCCUUGAUGGAUUAAACUGGCCGUCAUCUGAUUUUGAUGGUCUUGCUGAACAUCAUUUUCAGUCAAAAGUACCUGAUGUGUCAUAUUCUCAAAGUGAAGAUUUCAAUGAAUUUGUUGGUCAAGAAACUUUAUUUCCAGGAAGACCUGGAAGUAGUGGCAAUCCUAUUGGGAACACUUUGAGGGGCAUCAACCAUCCAAUUCCUAGCGAAUUGAUGGAGCGUGGGGCUCCAUCUCAGAAAGAUAAAAUGCACCCACUUGGUUUGUUAUGGUCUGAACUCGAAGGCACUUCUAGAAGGAACGAACAAAUUUCAAAUGUUCCUUUUAGUGGAGGCGGUCAGGAUCAAAUUCUAAACCCUGUAGCAGCAAGGAUUUCCCCGUUUGGUUCAAGGACCGAGUCAACCUCCACAGCGGAGAUGUGGACUGAUGCUUAUAGAAGAAAUGCUCCUUCUGAGCCCAACUUAUAUCAAAAUGCCAUGGAUGGUCACCACCUAACGCACAUGGACCGUGAACCGAAUCACUUCGAAUUGGCAGAGAAGAUGUUCUCCCAGCAACUCCAACAACAACAUCCACAUAGUUUACUGUCUUCUCAUAGUAGCCACUUGAAUGAAACAAUGCUAGAACGAGGGGCAAGCCAUAAUUCAAUACACCAGCCACAGUUGGCCAGUCAAAUGGAGCAGGAUCUGGAGCGCGUUAUGGCGCUUCAGCUGCAGCACCAAAGACAGCUGCAGCUUCAACAACACCAGCAGAUGCAGCGAGAGCAACAGUUCCAUCAACAUCAGAUUCUAAUGAAAGAACAGCAAGAGUCUCAUGCUAAACAGUUGCUUCUUGAACAACUGUUGCAGAGUCAAACUUUUGAUACAAACCGUGCAAAUUCUCGUUUUGAUGCAAGGCCUAACAAUGCUCUGGAACAGUUUUUGAUGAAGCAGCAACUUCUAAGUGAACUACAACAACGCUCUCACCUUCAUCCAAGACAUACUGAACCAUCAAUUGAGCAUCUCAUUCAAGCAAAACUUGGUCAAAUGCCGCAUCAAGGGCAUCAAACUGAUUUGAUGGAGCUCCUAUCACGAGCAAAGCAUGGCCAGAUGCACCCUUUGGCACAUCAAAUUCUUCAGGAAGAACAACUGCAUGGGAGGCAGUUGCCUGUUGAAUUAAGGCGACAAUUUGAAAUGGAGGAAAAUAGGCAUUCUGGUUCUGUGUGGCCUGGAGAUGAAGCUGGUCAGUUUCCUAGAAUCCCGACUGAUGUCCAUCGAUCCAACUCUGGAUUUGGACCAUUAGAUUUUUAUCCACAGCAACAAAUACCAUCUCCGGAAGAGCAUUUAAGUCACCUUGAACGGAAUUUGUCUGUACAAGAUAGAUUCCAACAUGGUCUGUAUGACUCUGGAUUAUUGCCAUUUGAACGGUCAAUGUCAUUACCAGCUGGUGGUCCUGGAGUAAAAAUGGAUGUUGUAAAUUCUCUAGUGCGGCAACAAGGUUUAGAAAUGCAAGAUCAGACUUCAAGAAUGCAUUCAGGUGGUCAUAUGGCUGGUCUCCCAACCGAUGUCUACUCACAAUCCCCUCACCACCCUAUGGUUCCCAACCAGUUUCAUGCUUUGCAUUCAGAUGGCAUUGAAAAACAAUGGUCUAAAACCAACGGUCAGUUACCUGUUGAUUGGAUGGAAACCCAUAUGAAGCAACUGAAUCUCAAUGGUGAGAGGGAAAAAAGGGAUUUUGACGUCAAACAGCCUUCUGAAGAUCCAAGUAUGUGGAUGUCGGCGGGCACAAAUGAUGACAGUUCAAAGCGAUUGCUUAUGGAACUGCUUCAUCCCAAAUAUGGCCAGCAGUCAACUGAGCAAGUAGAAUUGUCCGGUGGAAUUGCAUAUGAGAUGGGCUCACUGUCCAAUCAAAUUUCUGGAACAAAUUCAUCAAACCACUCAUUCAAUCCUCUGUUGAAUCAGGAUACGAUUCCAAACCAAGCCUUCUCUGUAGGGUCAUUUGGUUCUACUUCAGGUCUGCUACCACAAAGAGAUCUAGUGGAUCAGAUGUCCCAUGGUCUUGAUGAUGGUGAAAGGCUGCUCUUCAAAUCUCAUUCUGGAGCAUUGGCAGAAACUGAUUCUGUCUUCUCCAGCAUCAGUGAUGCCUCCCAGAGGCACUUAGAGGCUCGAGAAAGUCUUGUUGAGCAAGCUGGUCUGACGGCCAUAACAGGGGACAUCCCAGUAAAUAUUCUCCGCAGGCCUGCUUCUCGGGGGACUGGAGGUGGUAACAUUGGCUUAUGUGAUGAAAAGAUUGUGACAGGUGACUCUUUGCAAGAGGAACUUGCUAGAGAACGAGUGUCUGCUGCCACAUCAAAAAGGCCAGAAAGCAUUUUGCUGAAGCGUCCACCUGUCUCGCGAGUUUCAUCUACCUUGGAAGGGUUUUCUGAACCGACUUCUGAUUCACUUGUCAGAGGGAAAAAUCCUUCGAAUGCUUCUGAAGGGGAGAAAAUGGAAGUUCGAGGCAGCACAGCAAAACAAGCCCCUGACAAUGUGGCACCUGGAAAGAAAGAUGUGCGCUUUCGACGAACUGCCUCGUGUAGCGAUUCUGAUGUUUCAGAGACAUCAUUCAGUGACAUGGUUAGGAGUAAUGCCAAGAAGCCAACAGCAGCCCAAGAGGCUCAUGCUUCAGAAUCAUCAGAUGGAACACAGGGUGCCCGUAGCGGCAGCAAGAAGAAAGGGAAGAAAGGAAGACAAAUUGAUCCAGCUCUUCUUGGAUUCAAGGUCACAAGCAAUCGCAUCAUGAUGGGUGAGAUACAGCGGAUAGAAGAUUAGUGGUUGUACAGUUGUUACUUCUUAUAUAUUGUCCCAAUCAAUUCUCUUGCUGUACAGAUUUUUAAGUUUCUGUAAAGUUCUCUCAUUAUUCUUUAGUUUUUUGUCCCUUUUCACCAAUCUACAUCCCCGUAGUGUACGGAUGAGGGGAUGUAGUUUUGUCAGAAAUGAUAACCAAAUUAGUUGGGAUAAGGUAGGAAAUAGCUCGUAUAGAUUGUACCUUUACAGAUCAAAUGUAACAUCAUGUAUCCUAAUAAAUCUUGUUCAUUUUUAAAUAGAGAUAAUGAUUAAAAAAACACUAUCAUUGUUUUGCGAA